GACUGGGAAGGUGGUGCUUCUCCUGUGGGGUGUCCAGACCAUGCAGAUCCUGGUGGAGCCCCCCUGGAGGCCAGCAGUGCUGUGGGACCGUGUGACACUGACUUGCCCGGGCUCGGGGACCGCCGGUGCCACCACCUGGUAUAAGGAUGGGCAGCUCUGGUGGCAGGAGGGACCGGAUAACUUCACUGCCAUCGAGAGAGGCACCUACAUGUGUCACAGACCCGGCACUGGGCUCAGCCCCCCUGUAGUGGUCUCAGAUGAUUUGCUGGUGCUGCAGGUGCCAGCAGGGGUGCUGCUGGAGGGGGACACGAUGACACUGCGCUGUCGGUGCGGCCAUUGGAACCACAUUGUCACCAGGGUGCAAUUUUACCAGGACGAGAAGGAAGUGAGGGGGUUCAUCAACAGGACCGAGCUGUCCCUAUUUCCCCUGCAGCUGCACCACAGUGGCCACUAUAGCUGCGGGGGCUUGGUGGGGUCCUGGCAGUCACGAUCAGCAGCAGUGACAGUGAAAGUGUAUGGUGAGCACUUCCAUGGCUGGAACUCCAGUCUCCUGACACCCCCAAUGACCCUUCCCAGCAGACUCAGAGUCACAGUCCUCACCUCCUCUCUCCUGCCCUGAGC